CCUUUUUCAAUCAUGACCCAAUUUUUGUUAUUCACAAUGAAGAGGCGUGCACCUAAAUUGGUCACUCCAUCGAAUAUACACUAUCUCCACCUUCAAUAUUUGAAUAUACCAUACCAUCAAAAACCAUUAUCAAGUACUGCCCAAUCUCUGUUAUUCACAUUGAAGAAGCCUGCCCCUGGAUUGGUCAUUCCAUCGAAUAAAAAUCAUCUCCGCUUUCAGUACUUGCAUAUACCAUACCACCAAAAACCAUUUUCAAUGAUGGCCAAAUCUCUGACAUUCACAGUCAAGAGGCGUGCCCCUGAAUUAGUCACUCCAUUGACACCAACACCUCAUGAAAUAAAAUUACUCUCGGCUAUUGAUGAACAAGAUGGGUUACGUUUUCAUAUUCCACUGAUACAAUUUUAUAACUACGAUCCAAAUAUGAAAGGAAAAGACCCUGUUGAUGCAAUUAGAAAAGCACUGGCGAAAACGCUUGUGUUUUAUUAUCCAUUUGCAGGUAGAUUGAGAGAAGGAGCUGGUAGGAAACUUAUGGUUGAUUGUACCGGAGAAGGUGUUUUGUUCAUAGAAGCCGAUGCUGAUGAUGUUACUCUUAAAGAUUUCGGCGAUAAUCCUCUUCCUCCAUUUCCAUUUUUGGAUGAAGUUCUUUAUGAUGUUCCUGGUUCUUCAAACGUGCUUAACGCUCCAUUGAUGCUUAUUCAGGUAACACGCCUCAAGUGCGGUGGUUUCAUAUUUGCUAUUCGUAUAAACCAUACAAUAAGUGAUGCAUUUGGUAUAGCUCAAUUCAUGAAUGCCUUAGCAGAAAUAUGUCGUGGAAUGAAUGAACCUUCAAUCUCACCAGUGUGGCGAAGAGAACUUCUAAGCGCAAGGAACCCACCAAGAGUGACAUGUUAUCAUCCUGAACUCGAACAAGCACCUAAUAACAAAGGAAUCAUCAAUGUCAUAUCCAUAGACAACAUGGCCCGACGAACUUUCUUCUAUGGUCCCAACGAGUUAGCCACAAUCCGCUCCCUCCUUCCAACCAACCAACAACAACAAUACUCCAAAUUUGAAAUCAUCACUGCAUUCCUUUGGCGUUGUCGUACAAUAGCGUUACAACUAGAUUCAAACAAAGAAGUCUGUAUGUAUUUCGGAGUCAAUGGACGUAGUAAAUUUGUUGACCUACAAUUGCCGAACGGCUACUAUGGUAAUGUUGUUGCAAUUCCUGCUGCUAUAACAACAGCAGGCAAAAUUGUUGAAAGUACGUCGGGGUAUAUGUAUGCAUUGAAUUUAGUUCAGAAUGCAAAAACUAAAGUGACCAAAGAAUAUAUGCGUUCAUUGGCAGAUUUAAUUGUUAUCAAGGGUCGACCUCUGUUUACUACGACAAAACUUAUGUUUAUAGUGUCUGAUACUACACGUGUGGGAUUUAGAGAUGUCAAUUUUGGUUGGGGAAAAGCUGUUUAUGGAGGACCAGCUAUCGAUUCUCCACUUCCUGGUAUUCUUAGCUUUUAUAUACCUUUUACAAAUGUCAAAGGAGAGGAAGGUUUCGUUGUACCAUUUUGUUUGCCAGCACAAGCAAUGGAGAGAUUUGUAAUCGAACAUGAUAGUGUGCUCAAGGGAAACAGUAACCAAUUUGCAAACGGUGAUACAAAUUAA